UUUCAGAUAAACUCCCAAACAUGUCUGCUAAACAGCCAACUCUGCUCAAUUUGCCUAUAGAAAUUGCGAAUCAAGUUUUGGAGAAGUUGCAUCUUUUGGAUAUGUUGACGUGCCGAAAAGUUUGUCGAAGUUUACGGACCGCUGUUGAUAAAAUCGAAACUCACUCCACCCAUCUCACAGUUCAAUUGCGGAGUAACCACGUUUCGAUAUGUGUCGACAGAAUUGAAACCAACUACUAUUAUGACGAUGACUCAUCGAAUUGUUUCAAUAGGAAACAAAAAGCCGUAGAAGGUGUAGACUGCAUGAAUGCAUUUUUCAACGACUUGAAGUUAUUUCUGAAGUAUGCAUUAUAUUUAGAAGUUUGGAGCAAAGAUAUAUAUAGGGAACACUUUGUCAGUUCUCUAGUGGACAUCUUGAGGGAAGAAGAGAAUAAUAUCCACGUGGAAACUAUAGAGCUGCUCCAAUUCUACAAAUGCGACGCUGUUUUAUUAAUCCUUCCGUUAUUAAAUAGUCAGACAUUGAGAAGUAUUAAAUUGAGGAGCACUUCUCUAGGUGACGGAUUUGAGAGAAUAGCUUGUUUGGAUCAAUGGAAAAAGGCGAAAAAGUUCAGUUCUGAUACCUGGCUUGACUGUUCACAUAUCGAACAUUUCUUUCAUUUUGAGGAGUUUAGUUUUAGAACUGAACCUUUCCCAAUACAAAAUGUGAUUAAAGUUCGAGAUGAUCUGCUGCAAAGAUGUAUGUUCCAGAACUGCACAAUUGUUAUUUCAAAAUUAAAUUGGAAGCCUGUCGAAUUCGCCAGGAUAUUUCAACCGGACUGUGCUGGUGGCGAUACAUUUACCCUUCAUUAUUCAAACGACAAUUCCAAUUUCGAAAUACGUUUUGGAGUUUUUGAUAGAGUACAUGGGUGGUUAACAAUUGGACGAUGCUAACUAAUUUUGUUAUUUUCUAUUGUCAUUUUUAUAUUUAAAUCUGUAUGAACACUCCACAAUGAUCUCUGAAAAGUGUUAGUACCUGUGAA